UAUAACAGGUUCUGUCGAUCAAUUGCUGGAAAGCGUACAAAAGGCAGCUUGUCUGCAAAUGAUGUACGAUCGGGAACUCAAGCCGAGCCUGAGCUCUCCGAUGUUACUGCCGGUAGAUCCCGAGUGGAUGACGCCCCUAAUACGGGGACUUCCUGAUUCCCUGAAACCUAUUGGGAUCCAAUUGCAGGGGAGAAUCCAAGAUGUGCCCCGCGAGGAGAGAAUCGUGGCUGCCCUGGAGGGGAUGGUAACCCCCGAGCAUGGGCGGCUAGGGAAAAAGGUGUGGACCUGGGGGGAGGUAGCCCAGGAAUUGAUCAAUUAUGGGAGGAAAUACGGGCCAGUCGGCCGGACUUACCAAAGGGUGGAAACUAGGGCUGUGUGGGCGGCAGAACCAGCAAACAAGCCGCUGGCAUUUUCUGGGAGGAGCCCAGACUUAGCCAGAAGAGAAAGAUCCCUGACCCGGCAGGGACUAUGGCAAUUGGGGCUGCAAAAAGGCGUGCCCCGAGAUUUGAUGGACGGGCUCCCGGCCAAAAAACUAGAGCUCCUGGUCAGGAGGUGGUCUGGACAGGGACCCCCGCCCAGACCGAAACAACACCCCGCGCCAGCGUUAAACAUGGCCGGGGGGGGGGGGAAAUUUGAGGAGGACGAAAGGGCAGUGGGAAAACUAGCUCCUCGGGCCCCUCAGGGUGAGGGGGGAGGCGGAGGGUGGAUGUUUAUAAGACAACUCACCUGCAAUAACAAAGGAGACUUGUUAAUCACCGUAGUGGUGGGGCGAAGGAGAAUGCCCGUAACCUUUUUAAUUGAUACGGGGGCCCAAAUUACAGCGCUAACACGGAGUGAGGCAGAACGGUGUGGCAUCUCAGUCCCAUCCAAACACCUAAUAGUUUUAAAUGCUCUGGGGAAGACCCAGACUGUGCCCAUGACCCUGGUAACAUUGUGGUUACCAGGGGAAGUGUCCUGUGGACACCAUGGCGGCUGUGGGGCCUUUUCAAAUGAACCUCUUAGGCAUAGACGUCCUGAGGGGGAAACAGUGGCGGGAUACCCAGGGGAAUUCGCGGUCUUUCGGUGUUCCUCAGGUCAGAAGACUAACCGGAGAUUUUGGUGUGGCAGUGCGCUUGCUGCAAGCAGCGUCUCCCCUCCCCACUUCCCGGCUGACUAAUGUAAAACCCUAUCUGUUACCUUUGGGAGCGAGAGAGAGUAUUGCCCCAGUAUUGGAGGACCUGAAAAAACAGGGAGUUGUGAUCCCGGCACAGUCCCCCUUCAAUUCCCCUGUAUGGCCAGUUCGAAAACCAAAGGGUAAGUGGAGACUAACCAUAGACUAUCGGCAAUUAAAUAACAAUACAGGCCCAUUGAUGGCAGCUGUGCCAAACAAUGCUGAAUUAAUAGCGACUAUCCAGGAGCAGUCCCACCCUGUGAUGGCAACAAUUGAUGUCAAAGACAUGUUUUUUAUGGUCCCUUUGCAGCCUGAGGACCAAGAGCGUUUUGCCUUCACGUGGGAGGGACAGCAAUACACGUUCACUCGGCUACCUCAGGGGUACAAGCACUCCCCUACACUAGCCCAUCAUGUGCUAGCACAAGAGCUCAAAACUGUCCCCAUACAGGCAGGAGUCAAAAUUUAUCAAUACAUAGAUGAUGUGCUCGUGGGAGGGAGCUGGGUAGAGGAUGUUGAGAAAACGCAGAGCGACAUUAUUGCUCACCUAGAGCAGAUAGGGCUGAUAAUUCCGCCCGAAAAGAUCCAAACUCCCUCCAGCAAAGUAAAAUUUCUGGGAAUCUGGUGGAGGAGGGGGAUGACCUGCAUCCCCCCGGAUACCCUGUCCUCAUUAGACUCAGUUAAAAUGCUGGAGUCCAAAAAGGACUUGCAACACGCUCUAGGGCUGCUCGUAUCCUGGAGGAAGCACAUUCCUCAUAUUUCAAUUGUUGCCAGGCCAUUAUACGACUUACUACGGAAAAGGGCUCACUGGGAGUGGACCUCGGUCCACGAUGAGGCAUUGUGGCUGCUAGUUUUUGAGGCGAACGCCUCACAAAUAGAGCAUUAUUGCGAAAUCUUUUCCAUAACGGAGGGAGCCGCUAAAGUAUUAAAUAUACAAGAUGAGGCAGACUUGAAUAAAGAAACCCCCUGACUCCCCCCUGUAAUUCAAGUAGCUCCCCCAUUUUCCGAUCAGAUCCUAAAUGCAUGGUUCACAGACACUUCCUCAAAGCAGGAAGGGAAAACCUGGAGAUACCGGGCUGUGGCGCUCCAAGUGGGGACUAAGGAGCAGAUCAUUACAGAGGGAGAGGGCAGUGCGCAGGUGGGAGAGCUGGUUGCAGUGUGGAGCGUAUUCCAACAUGAAAGCCAGGCUACUUCCCCUGUACACAUCUACACGGAUUCAUAUACGGUGUUCAAAGUCUGCCUGGAAUGGCUUCCUUUUUGGAAGCAAAAUGCCUGGGAGGUUAAUAGAAUGAUAAAUGUACUUGGAGAGCAAAAGAUGCUAGUGGGAAAACCCACAAGAUUCACACAAAAUGGAUUAUUCCCUCCAUCUGACCCGAGGAGCGAGUUUGUUCUUAUUUCUGUUUUCAAGGGCGGCGGUCUGACCAACAUGCACCUACUGCUCUGGACCAUCCUGAUUCAAGGAUGCAUCCACGAAGGCGACAAACGACCACUCCCUCUACCUUCCCCCAACCCAUUUAAUCCCUUCGAGAACAACGAGUUCAUGUUGCUGGCGAAAGCAGUAAGCCAAACUUUCAAUUUAAGCCACUGCUGGGUUUGCGGAGGACCGCUAGGGUUAUCAAGCUGGCCGUGGACGCCCACACCCCUCACCCCAGACCAGAUCGUAAGCAAUUGUAGCGAAACUGCGGACGACACGUGGGACGACAGUGGGACCUGGUCAAUUCAGCUUCCAGCCAUGGGGCAAUAUUGUUUAAACCGUACCCAGGAGGGAGGGAUCAAAGUGGGGGAAAGUAGAUGUCGAUGGACACUCACUCGUAAGCCGCUUGAUAAAAACAGGAAUCUCCACCUAUGGACGUGGCUCGAUGAAACGGGGCGCAAUCGGGGAUUUGAGGGAUACUGGUCAAAUAAAAAUGAAACUGUAAUUCACCGACAAUCCAAUUAUCCCCCUUACAAGCGAACCUGCAAAUGGAAAGGCACUUCUGGGGCUUGGUAUUGUACCGGCCAAAUAGGUGAUGGGGAGUUACAUUUGUCAGCCCUCUGGGCGACAGAGACACAACUUACUUUCAAUUCCCACCAGGGAUAGACGGGCCAUUUGCUCAGGGCAUCGGAGCUAAGAAGGGGCAUUAUUGGAUCUGUGGACACACAGCAUAUAAAUCUUUACCUGCGGGGUGGUCGGGAAUUUGUUAUAUAGGGAUUAUCAGACCUUUGUUUUUCCUUUUACCAGAAACAGGCGGACCUCAGUUAGGUGUAAAGGUAUAUGAUAACCUUGGAGACAGAAGUGUUGCCCGUAAGACGCAAUCCAUUAAGGCAGAUUUGGGUGGGACGCAAAAAUGGGGGAAUAACGAGUGGCCUCCUGACAUACCCCCUGGAGGCCACAAUCCAGUGGAAAAGUGGAAAGAAUGAAUCAAACAAUUAAGAGACAGGUAGGACAAUCAGCACCAGAUAUAAGGAGAAAGCUUCAGAAAGUAUAUGGUAUGUCGGGGAUGUCAAUAUAAGGUGUACAAUAACAGGGAAGAAGUAGAGAGAAAGGAAAAACAAAAGGAGAAACUGAAAGAUAAGGGGCAAAAUGCUGCAGUCUUGGCAGCUGCAUUUGUCCAGGCACAAACUUCCUCUCAGGGAAGGGGUUUUCCGAAAGGACAAGGACGUGGAAGAAGGCAUAGAGUAGGAGGGAAUUUGGGAAAUAGAAUUCCACUGAGGAGAGAUCAAUGUGCAAUUUGCAGGGGGAAGGGGCACUGGAAAAAUGAGUGCCCGAAGAGACAACCAGAUCAUUGGAAACCUCAGUCUGCAUCUGUUCCAGAGGCAGAUUUGCUCAUGAUUGGUACAGAAGAUUCAGACUGACAGGGACCGGGGGUUGAGAAAUUGGAUUAGUGAUCUUUUAACUCUACAGUCCCAACAGAUGCGCAAGGCAAUCCUUCAGCACCACAUGGUUUUAGACUAUCUGUUAGCUGAAGAGGGAGGGGUGUGUGGGAAAUUGAAUAUUUCCAACUGUUGUUUAGAGAUAGAUGAUGUAGGCGAAGUAGUUCUCCAGUUAACCAAAGAUAUCAGAAAAAUAGCCCACGUCCCUGUCCAAACCUGGAACGGCUGGAGUGGUGAUUUGUGGUCCUGGUUACUGGGGACACCGUGGUGAAACAGUUAAUAUUGUAUUGUCAUGUGUGGUUGCCACUUUAAUGUUCUUACCUUGUAUAAUUCCUUGCUUUGUUCAAUUAAUCCGACACGUUGUGUCAAAUAUGCAAUUUGUUCCUACCACCUCACCCGACGGCAUAAAGAAAAUCCGUGCCAUCCAUCAGCCACGGCCAACCACAGUACCCAUCAUUUAAACCCAUUCCCAGUUUCUCCUGAAGGAGGGAAUUGCAUAUUAACAUCCACAACGCAUCUGCCAGCUGUUUUGUACCUGUUGUAACAAUCAUUUACCUUGUUAACUCAGUUUUGAUGUUUGUUCUGUGAAGUUAAAUGUUGUUAAAGUUGUUAAAGAAUAAGCUUGCAUUGAGCAAGACCUCUGUUUAAUCACCGUUAAGCUCCCUUUUUUUUCUUUCUCCUUCCUCUCCUUUUACUCUUCCCGCGACUUGUUCCACCGUGGACGAAGGCUAUGAAGACUUCAGGAAGGAGACGUACCAAUCAAUGUUUAAGUCACGGGGUGGUGUGGCGGACAGAUGAGUGAACUUUUGCCUUAAACAUUUCUUGGUACAUAAGGUGCAAGCAAACCAUAACCCCAAACAAGCCAUCUGUUCCCGGCGGGAACAGGACUGAGCUGCUGCGACCCCCGAAACGGUCUCCCUGCGACCACCCGGGACACGCCGAGCCUGCGCCGAACCAGGGCACGAUCGGGCAGAGACUUUGGGACCUGGCCCUAGUUCAGUGAGAAAGGGCCCCAGAGCUGGUGCAGGCUGGAAAGAUAAGGGAGUUACAAGCAGUCUGCAUUCCUAUGCUUCACACUCCGAAAGGGAGGAUGUCAAGGCUUUGAAAUAAGGCCUGCUUGGGCACCAGGACCCUUGGAAACAAAGCCUCCUCUCACUGCUGAAACAGUGUUAAUUAAAGGGGGGGGAUCUGGAUUAUAUCCUCUUAGUCAGGAGCUUGGGAGAUAACACCUACUGUCACUGCUGGGGCAGUGCUAAUUGCUGGAACAACACCUCUUUGUGUUUGUGCCUUGAGAGACAAGGAUGGGACCCAAGGAAUCAAAACAUCUGUCAGCAGGAACCCCAACAGUAAAGAUAAGGGAGAAAAGCAGCCUGCCUAGGAACAAGGAUGAGACCCAAUAAGGAGCAGGAGACCCCAGACCCCAAAAUUACUAUUGGUCUGAACUACCGCGUGAGGGGUGGGAAACUUAAGUUGAAAAAGCUAUAAUUGCCCAGGGAUUUCUUUGUUCGGGGUCCCUCUUUGGAGGCACCCAGCUCGAGCUGUAACUACUGCACGCGUGUCAUUACAAUUUAUUUAUUCAAUUUGCCUUGAUUUGGCUCUGAACUUUUCAGCGGGAACCUAGGGUCGGACCCUGCUCAAGUUGUAAUUACUGCACGCGCAUCACUAAAAUUUACACCCAGGGUGAAGAGGACCAACGGGACGCCGCUGGAUCCACGGGUGGUGAUAUCUCU